GCUUAACCAUUUCUUUCUCAAAGGGGAGGGGGGGUGUGGAACUGAAUUAUGUGUCGUUUUCAACAGGAAAGUGUUCAUUUGCAAGAAGGUUGUUUGGCUAAACGGUUUUUUCGUAGUUUGGUAGUCAAGGUCGUGCAUUGGAACUUUGCGAACACAUGGACUUCCGAUUGGAAUACAUUAAAAUCCACAAAGCUCUUUCUGUUUUAGUUUUUAGCAAUGCUUUUCUUGCUAUUCGGUUUAUAGCCCUCCCCAUUCCUCUCUUUAUAUAAAUGCAUAUCACUUUUUAUGGAAAUGUGCUUUCUAGAUCUACUUGUAGGGGAGUUACCUGACUUCAAUGUGAUGCAAAGUUACUUCCCUGUAGGGAAGUCAUUUUUUUGAAAUAAAACAGAAUCAAAGAGAAUAUCAUUUAAGAAUCGGUAGGCUGAAAGUAACCGAAAGUUGAAAACAAGCCCCUUUUAUCAGAAGUGCGGUCUUGGGGACUUUUGGGAAUUGCGCCCUCUUUCUGAUAUACAAUCUCUUUAAACUUUGAAAUAGUUCCUGAAAUAGCUGAAAGGGAACUUAAUUCGACUUCUCAAGUAAACAUGUUGUCCUGUGGUCUACUUUUAUUUCCUGCAGACCAAACUGUAUCUUGCUAGGCAAAAAAUAGCCAGGAAAGAUUCGAAGGUAGGGCAAUAUUCAAGUGAGCCAACGGCUGACACAUUCUUAAUGCAAUAUUACGUUUGCUGAGGCCCCAAUUUUUUCAACUUUGACAGGAGGAAGCAGUUCUGUAUUCCUUUGUGUCAAUAUUCGUGGAAUAAAGGAAUUUGACAAUGCCUCAUCAUCAAUGUUACGCAAUUAUGCCUUUUACCAGGAACAGGUUUUUUUAGGCUCAAACCACUGUGUCAGUACUUCCCUGUCAUUUUGGUAAAGAACCUGGGCCAAGUAAGCCGUUGUUCUAUAAAUUUGUGUCAUUUCUUCGAUGAGGUCAAAGUCGACGUAUCAAAGGCAUUCCAUUUGUAAAAGAAACAUCGUAAGGACUUCACUACGAGAAAAAUAAUACAAGUGCAUAUCAGGACACCAAAAAACAGCAAACAGGAAUAGCUGCAUCGCUGCAUCAUGCACCAGGAAAUCUCUAACAACAUUGUCAUUCUUGGAUCAAGCGGCGUUGGAAAAUCAGCUAUCACAGUCGCGUUUGUUAACAGGCAGAGUACACCCCAAGGUUGGGAAGCCCACACGUCGAUGACAGUGGAUGGAAAACAGCAUUCUGUUAGCAUCACAAUUGAGCAGGAUGAAUUCGUCGCCAUGAGGGAGCAAUACAUCAAACAAGGGGAUGGAUUCAUCUUCCUAUACUCAAUAACAGACUUCAAAAGCUUCACAUCCCUGAGCAACCAUUUACAGACAUUUUACAGGUCAUGUGACUCACGGCGUAAGCCCAUAAUGAUUGUUGGAAAUAAAACGGAUCUAGAGGAUCAGAGGAAAGUUAGCUAUAGGGCGGGCGCAUCGCUCGCAGGAGUAUUAGAUUGUAAUUUUAUGGAGGUAUCAGCAAGUACUGGCAAAGGUAUCAAAGAUAUGUUAUCAGUUAUAAUCAGAGAAAUCACAAGAGCUAAGAAAAAUCGACGGUGACUAAGCGUUGGGACAGAUAAAUAGGCAUGCUGUGUAUAGAUCCUGCUACUGCUCAUCGAUGCUGCUCAAGAUUAAACCAAUGAUUAAGAAGAUUACGAAUAUACUGCAACUGACAAUGUGACCGUCCCCGAGUCGAUUUUCAGUGCUUUACAUGGCUCUGGGAAAUUUAAAUAU